CAUUUAAGUAAAGAAAGUGAAAACGCCAAGAGCGCCAAGAGCUGCAGGGCUACAAGCUAGCUCACUUUAGGUUAGAUCAAUCACUACGCUAACUCCAAGUGACUGCCUUACUUUCCUAAUACAGUAAAAGUGUCAACCUGCACUCACUGCCGAUUUGAGCAAUUCUUCCAACCCGGUCAAGUCCGAUCCUCGGUGGAGUAUCCUCUGCAUAAUAAUAUAGAUAUAAGGACAUCCCUACGUUAGACAAACCUUGAUUCUCAUCACCUACACCUCUCUACCACCGACAUUAUACAGUCACGAUGACCACCUCCAAAGAAUGGCAGAAAAUGCUCAGUGGCGAGCUAUACUGGGCCUGGGACGAGGAUCUACAAGCCAACCGCGAACGAUGCAAAUUAGCAUGUCAGCAGUUCAACGAAGCCGGACAAGUAUCUAGACGGCGCAGGGUGGAACUAUGGAGAGAUAUAAUUGGGGAUACCCGUCCUCUCCCACCCCCUCUCGCGGAUGCCAAAGAAGACGAAGAUCAAUUCAAAGAUACAGACCCCUUCGUCGACCCCCCAAUCACAGUCGACCACGGUCUCAAUUUCAAGGUCGGAAAAGGGACAUUCCUCAACUUCAACUUGAUCGUCCUGGAUACCUGUCUUGUGACAAUCGGGGAACGCGUCCUAUUCGGCCCCAAUGUUAGCAUCUAUGGUGCCACGCACCCGAUGGAUCCUGCUGUGCGACGCGGGCUCGAGGGCCCGGAGGCGGGGAAGGAAGUGCAUAUUGAAGAUGAUGUUUGGAUUGGCGGGAGUGAUUAUUUUGGCGGGUGUUAGGGUUGGACGGGGGAGUACGGUUGGUGCUGGGAGCGUUGUUACCAGGGAUGUGCCACCUUUUCACUUCG